AUGGGUUCUAAUGAAAAAUUUAACAUUUGCAUGUGCUGCGAUUUCUUUUAUCCGCGUUUAGGAGGAGUAGAAAUGCAUAUAUUUUCUUUAUCAUUAGAAUUAAUACGUUUAGGCCACAAAGUUAUAAUUGUGACAAACACAUAUGGAGAUCGUUAAGGAGUACGCUAUAUAACAAACGGUUUAAAAGUAUAUUAUACACCAAUGGCUCCAUUUACAGACUAAGCUAUUUUUCCUUCAAUAUGGAGCUUUUUACCUUUGUUUCGUAAAAUACUAAUACGUGAGAAAAUACAAAUUGUGCAUGCUCAUUAAACAACAAGUAUUUUAGGUCAAGAAUGUAUUUUACAUUCUCGGACAAUGGGAUAUAAAACAGUUUUUACAGAUCAUUCAUUAUUUGGAUUUUCAGAUGCAGCAUGCAUCCAUGUAAAUAAGUUAAUGAAAUUAUUUUUAUCAGAUAUAGAUCAUGCUAUUUCAGUAUCACAUACAUCUAAAGAAAACCUAACUUUAAGGGCAAGCUUUAACCCGAGUAUGAUAUCAGUAAUACCGAAUUCAGUUGAUUGUUCCAGAUUUAAGCCAGAUCCAUCUAAAAGAUACCCUUUGAAUACUAUUAAUGUUGUUUGUAUUUAAAGACUUACUUUUAGAAAAGGAGUCGAUUUAUUAAUAUCUAUUAUACCAGAAAUAUGUAAAAAAGUUCCUGAAAUUUAUUUCAUUAUAGGAGGUGAUGGUCCAAAAAGAGGUCCUUUAGAAGAGAUGAUUAAAAGAGAAAAUCUUUAAAAUAGAGUAGAGUUAUUAGGCUCAGUUUAGCAUACAGAAGUAAGAAAUAUUUUAGUAAGAGGACAUAUUUUCUUAAAUUGUUCUCUUACAGAAGCUUUUUGUAUUGCAAUAGUAGAAGCUGCUUCCUCUGGAUUAUUAAUAGUUUCGACAAACGUUGGUGGAAUAGUUGAAGUAUUACCUGAGCAUAUGGUUCAUUUAGCAAAUCCUAACCCCGAAGAACUUACUUUAAAAUUACUAGAAGCUAUUCCGAAUGCAAAAAAUGUGCCUGCAUAAUAAUUUCAUAAUUAAGUUUCUGAAAUGUAUAAUUGGAUGAUGGUUGCAAAAAGAAAUGAAAAAGUUUAUUAAAAAAUCAUGAAAUUACCAAGAUUAACAUUAAGAGAAAGAUUCUAAAGAUAUUAUAGUUCUGGACCUUUUGCAGGAAUUUUAAUAUUAUUAAUUGUUGUUUUUGAUUUAAUAUUUUUUGCAUUUUGUUCUUGGUUUGAGCAAAAACAAGACAUUGAUAUUGCUAUUGAUUUUCCUAAUUAAAAAUAUAUUGAAAAUAAAGAAAAAUAUGGAGAUCAUUAAUUUAGUGUUUUAAAUUGA